UCAUAAGAAGCGGUCAUUCAUAGUUAGCUGAGUAGCCGAGGCCCGAGAGUCAAGACGAGACAAGAUGAUGUUCGGUAAACCAAACCCAAUCACAUACUACGAUAUACACGACACUGGCCUGAGCCGGACGCCAUGAAAGAAACCUAACGAACGCUGCUGACCGUGACCAUUCAACACUAGCUAAAAGGGAAAUGGGCUCGUCGUCAGCCACCGGGCCGCCGUCGUCUCUUUUCCUCCGCCCGUCCGGAGCUCCUUCCCUUUCACCGCACCGUAAUGCCGUCAUUCCCAGCUCUUCCGAUUCCUUUCUCCGGUGCAGAAACCCUAGGUUACUCCGCCUCUCCGCUUCAGUCGCCGACGGUCAACUUGACCUCUCCUGGUUCAUCCCUACUCCUAACCCUCCCACUCCCGAUGGCCGCAGCAGUGACGACUUCAACGGCUGGGCCGUCGUCGAAGCCCCUGCAUCGCCCAACAAGAGGAAGAAAGGACUGCCUAGGGUUGUAAUUGGUGGGAUUGGGGUUUGUGUUGCCGCUGCUGCGGUUGCUGCCGCUGCAUACUUCUCGUUCUCUAGAAAUGGAGCUGAAUUGCAACUUCGUAGUCCUUGGGGUGCCGCCAUUAUAACUUCUGAGGGGGACGAAAGUGAAGCCAAGGACUUGGCUUCGCGUGAUGAAGAUGUGGGUGUUCUUGAGGCCGUCCCAGAGUCUGUUCAUGAGCCUCCUGCUGCAUCCCAAACUCCUGGUUCUAUUAUAGCAUCUGCGGAGAACAGUUUUAAAGUUUCAGUUGCUUUGGAUUCAACACAGUUGGAAUCCCUAGCGAGCUUGCAGAAACUCAAGAUUGUGGAAGACGACAUAAGAGUUGAUGAGUUAUGCACUAGAAGAGAAUAUGCAAGAUGGUUAGUCCGUCUAAAUUCCCUACUUGAGAGAAAUCCCAAGCACAGAAUCGUCCCAACUAUAUCCCUUUCAGGAUCACUUGCUGUUGCAUUUGAUGACAUCAGUGUUGAUGAUCCAGAUUUUGUGUAUAUUCAAGCUCUAGCUGAGGCUGGCAUUAUACCAAGCAAAUUGUCUUCAACAAGUUUGUUUUCUGUCACUCCAGAAGAUGGGAGCUUCUACUUUAACCCAGAUAGGUACCUCUCCCGGAAGGAUAUGAUCAACUGGAGAGCUCAGUUAGAGUAUGCCAUCUUGCCUGGAACAAAAGAGCAGAUGUCAAGAAUACGAGCAGAUUACAUGGAUGUGAAGGACAUCAGUUCAGAUACAUCGCCUGAAUUUUUUGCUGACAUGUUGACUGGGGAGAAAAGCAUUAUCAGAAAAGUGUUUGGACAGAGUAGGCGUUUUCAGCCAAAUAAACCAUCAACCAAGGCACAGGCAGCUGUCACACUGACAAGUGGCAGAAUGGCCGAAGCAGUUCAACACGAAUUACUCAGAAUGGAAGCAGAGAGUUCUUCGAGGCAGGCUGCUGCUGAAGAGAUUAAGUCCGAGUUGCUCGUAAGAGGCGAUAUCAAGAACUUUUGGAAUGAAAAGCUUCUUGUUGAAAGAAACCGUGGAGUUGAAGUGCAGAAGCUCUACAUUGCCACCUUGCAGGAUUUGGAUAAAGAGAAAAAUCUUCAAGCCCAAAAUUUGACCGAGAACAUGAAGGAAAAAGCAGCUAUGGACUGCCAGAGACAUCUAAUUCUCACUCUUAGGGAAGAGAUUGAAGAGACUUCAGAAAGGCUUGCAUCCGAGAGGGCUACAUAUGUGGCUGAGCAGUGUAACAUUCAGGAGUUGCGGAAAGCAGCGCUGAUGGAUCAGGAAGGGAUUCUUGAUUCAAAAUCCAUUUUGGAAGCUGAAGUAGAAGCUCUCCGAAUUCUCCGGACUUGGGUAGAAGAUGAAGCGAAGAAAAGCCAGGCCCGGGCUAAAGUUCUUGAGGAGGUAGGACGGCGGUGGAAAUGGGACAACCAAGCUUGAAGACGCACCCUGUUGUACAAGUAAAAAACUGCAUAAUAAUUACCUGAAAUUUAUCAUUCGUUAGUUUCUUCAUCUUCAGGGGAAUAGAAGGGUUGUGUAGUAAAGUCCCCGAGCGAGGGGUAAUAUUUAGAACUGGGCAUUAGGCGUCAUGAUCAUGAUGUGAUUCCUUCAGGAUAAAUUAGGUCGAGGCAAUGAGACAAGAACUUGGGUGGAUAUUUUUAUGCCCCUUUCCUGGCCAUGUUCAGAGGGAAGAGCUUACAGCCGUAGCCUUCUAGAACGAAGGGCAAGGCUAGGUGCCUGACCGGCAAGAAAACAUUCUGGUCAGUUCGAAUGCCUAUGCCUUCUAGAUCAGGUCAUAAUGCGUUGUGGUACCAAUUGGUGUAAAGAUGUUUUGCUGUGAUGGCAAAUAUGAAUGUCGUGCUGAUUGUGCAGAGGUAUCUGCUGUACCUUCAUUUUUUCUUCUGUCCGUCUUGGAAUGUUUAUGGAUCCAGUAUAUAUCUCGUUAAAAAGCAUUAUAAGAUCUGUGAAUGAUAUGAUUCUUCAUGCUCUUACGACAUACUUUGGAG